AUGAAUACAUCUAUAUAUGCUGAAGAUAACAGCAAUCCUUCAUUUGGACAAUUAUUUAUCGUGGAUCAAAACGAAUCCACAGACAUUCGAUGUAAUCAAUUUCAGACAUUAAACCGAGAUAUUAUUAAUGCAAUUGACACUGCUCUUCGGGAUUGUAAUAUCUUCGCACAAUCUUACCGUAUGAUGCAUGAAGAAAUGGAAAAAUCAAUGACUGAAAAUAACCUAACCAUUGAGCCUGAGAUGCAAUUAUUAUUUACAUUGAAACCGGGGAUGGAAAGUAGACGAUACAAUAUACAAAAAGUCAAUGAAGUUGCUGCAAUUUUUACUACAACUACAGAUGGUGAUAUUCCAGAAUCAUACCUCACUUUGUAUAAUAAGAGAAAUAAAAAUUUACAAUAUGUAAGUUCUAUGAACCCUAAUGUUGAGCCAUGGAUAUAUCCAUUAUUUUAUCCAUAUGGUACGAGAGGUUGGGAUGAAAAUAUGACUUGUGUUAACUCUAAUAAACGAGUUUCACGGUCUGCAUACAUCAAGUUUAAAAUAGCGUCUAGAGAUGACAAUGUUAUUUUAAAAGGUGGACGAUUAUUUCAGCAAUGGAUUGUUGAUAAUUAUGUGAAAGUUGAAAAAGAUAGGACAAAUUUCUGUCGAAAUAAUCAAUCAACUCUCCGUGCCGAAAGUUACAAAGGGCUAAUUGAUCAUUUACAAAGAAGGGCAGAUGAGUCGAACAGUGAGGUAGGUAAAAUUGUAAUUCUUCCAUCAUCAUUCACAGGUUCACCAAGAAAUAUGUUAAAAAAUUAUCAGGAUGCGAUGGCUAUUGUGAGAAAAUUUGGGAAACCAGAUCUAUUUAUUACGAUGACAUGUAAUCCAAAUUGGCGUGAGAUACAGGAAAAUUUACUACCUCAUCAAACUGCAGCUGACAGACCAGAUAUUGUUUUUAGAGUUUUUAACAUAAAGAAAAAUGAAGUGAUUAAUGUAAUUGUAAAGGAGAAAUUAUUUGGUGAAAUACUUGCAUAUGUGUAUGUUGUUGAGUAUCAAAAGCGUGGAUUGCCUCAUAUGCAUUUAUUAGUAAACUUAAAGCAAAACAAUAAAAUAACCACAUCAGAGAUUGUUGACAAAUAUAUUUCUGCAGAAAUUCCAGAUCCAUCGGAAAAUCCUGUACUUCAUGAUAUUGUUAUGAGAAACAUGAUUCAUGGUCCAUGUGGGAGCUGGUGUAAAGAUGAAAAUGGUAAAUGUUCAAAAAGUUUUCCAAAGAAAUUCUGCUCAGAAACAAUAAUGGAUGAAAAUGGAUAUACGACGUACCGUCGUCGCAAUAACGGAACUUUUAAUCGUCCAAAUAGAGGAACAGCAGAUAAUCAGUACGUUGUCCCAUACAACCCUACAUUAUUACAAUUAUUUAAUUGCCAUAUUAAUGUAGAAGUUGUUUCUAGCAUUAAAUCAGUAAAAUAUCUGUAUAAAUAUAUUUAUAAGGGGCAUGAUGCUGCUGCUAUUGAAAUAACAGAUAGUGCCAAUAGUGCAACUUCUAUAGAAUGUGAUGAAAUUUGA